ACUUUCAGCAUGGCUGCUUAUUACAACAAUUAUAAUCUUGCACAAAUUUUUGCAUCAGUGGACAAGGACAGAUCUGGUCAAAUAAGCGCAGAUGAAUUACAACGAGCCUUGUCGAAUGGCACCUGGAAUCCAUUCAAUCCAGAAACCUGUCGGUUAAUGAUAGGAAUGUUUGAUUCGAAUGGAGAUGGAGCUAUCAAUCUGCAAGAGUUUCAAGCUCUCUGGAAUUAUAUCAAUGAGUGGACCAACUGUUUCCGAGGCUUUGAUUUGGAUAAUAGCGGAAACAUCGACAAGUCCGAACUGCAGAAUGCCUUAUCUAGAUUUGGCUAUCGUUUGUCCGAUCAGUUCUACAAUAUACUUAUGCUAAAAUUCGAUCGAACUCACACUGGAAAUAUAAACUUCGAUGAUUUCAUUCAAUUAUGUGUUGUUUUACAAACAUUAACGGCUGCAUUCAGAGACAAGGACGCAGAUCGAGACGGUGUGAUCACGAUACGCUACGAAGAAUUUUUAACAAUGGUUACUGGUAUGUUAGUGAGAAUGUGUCGUUAGUGAGAGCAAGGAAAGAAAAUAAAUGGAUUCGCUCCACACUCGCUCUACAUCUCACUUAUCGCGUACGUGUACAGCUCUUAUUCGAGAACAUGGUGGUGAACUCAUGGAUUGACAAAACUGUGCCCCUAUUUGGAUAGUGGUGCUAAUUAAUUGGUUGAAGUUGCUGCUAUCACUGUAAAUGCUAGGAAAAAUUCAAUGUAGACGAACAUUUCUUUCAUAUACGUCUAUAUAGUUCACUUUUACCGUUCCAAAAUUAAUCAUUCCGCUUGUAAGUAGAUCACAACUUGACAACUUUUAUUCAUCAAUUUUGCAUUGUACAAGCAUUUUAUAUAUUUUGUCAUCAUCCUUGGAAUAUAUGAAUGUUAUCAGACUUGUAGU